AUGAAAGCUCUGUCACUUUUGUUGGCAUUCCACUUGUCAGCUUCUUUUGGAGAAAGUCUCAUUAACUUGACGUCGAACCCUUGUGCGCAGGUACUGGGUUGUAAAUGUGUGGAUUCUAAGCCUUCGGACGUCGUCUGCCAUUCCAUCGGUUAGAUUUUCCCUUUUUCGGGCCUACGAAGCUGAUCUUUUUCAGCACGAGAGACACUCGAUGAUCUGAGUCGGUUUUAUUCAAAGGCUGAGCGAUUCCGCUUCUACAAAUGGUUUUCCGAAAGCGUCGACCUCGACCUCUUCGCCAACUUCACCAAUCUUCAAGAGCUUUGGAUUACGGGUUAUUCUUGAAAUUGACUGGAAUCACUUUUUUUUUGAAUAGUGAUUGUAUUGGAAAAUAUACGAGUUAAAAACAGAAGUUUUUUAGAGAAGAAGAUUGUAAAACUUCAUUUUUUUUAUUUUGAUGCUCACAGGUCAAGGAUUUUCUAUUGAUUUCAGUAUAAAAAAAAUUUCAAUAGCGAUUCCUCUGACAAAUUUUUCAAUUUUUUUCAUAUUUUCAGACAGGGUAUGUUGAAGAUGUCACUGCUACAAAGUUAUUGAAGCGUCUUAAAACUCUUGAUUUGAGUGAAAAUUACCUUCAAAAUCAUGAAAAGGUCGAGUGUCUUUUUGAUUCACUAACGUGUAGUUUUUUUCAGCUUUGUUCCGUUUUUCCUUUCCUUCCUUCUCUGCAAACGCUGAAUGUGGCACACAAUUUGCUAGGACAUUUCGGUGAUUGUGCUGCAAACUCUACGAAAUCCUUGACUGCUCUGAAACUGAACGACAAUCAGGUUUUGAGCAAUCGCAAUCGUUUAUAAUUGGUGUGCAUGUCAGAUUGCAAAUAUUGGCGAACUGCCAACAUCUCUUCAGCUUCUUGAUGUCUCCUUCAACUACUUGACCGACGCUCGCAACAUUUCCAGGCGUGCGGCCAAUUUGAGUAUGACGUCUGCGAUCUUCGAAAGAUGUUUUCUGGUUCAGACAUCUCGAACAACCCGAUAACUUCUUGGAAAAAGUGGGUGUUUCCGAAUCUGGUCGUUCUCGAUGCUUCUACGGUUGCCACGGAAUCUUUUUCGAUCGAGGGACCUCUUCUGCAGACUCUUUACCUGGACAACGCCAAAUUGAGAUUUCUCAACUUCCAUCGUUUGAAAACGCCCAAUUUGAAAAGGUUGCCGCACAAUACACUGCGACGCAUAAUUAUAGACCCACCCUAAUUUCUCCGAUUUUAAGAAAGAUUGAAAAACUUUCAGCCACCAAACUUUUUUUGUGAUAAACCUUGUUGAUAAGGAACAUAAUCAUAUCAUAAUUAUCAAUUACCCAGUUGAAAAGUUUUUCAAGAUACGAGAAAAUCUGAUUUUUGACCGACGCAGAAUUAUAGACCCACCCCAGAGUUUUCCGAGUUUCCGUUUCCGGUACCACGUUUUUCCUGUUUUUUUCAGUGGUAUAUAAGAGAAAAAGUCCUCGUGUAUCACUAUGAACCAUAAUGCCUAAAUCUACUCAAGUUGAUAAUACCGAAAAAGCGGUAAUCGAUGCUCUACUCAACAACGGCUUGUCCCAUCGGGAAAUCGCUCGUCAGACGGGUCGCUCAAGACGAACAAUUGACCGUUAUGCAAGGAAUCCGCAAGAAUACGGCACAGCAAUACAUUCUGGACGGCACAGGCUGCUAUCGGUUCAAGCUGAACGAGACGUCUGUCGAAAAGCAUCAAACUCCACGAAGUCCGCCAACCAAAUCAGAUCCGAAAUUCCUGUAAACGUCUCGAAGGACACCAUCUUACGAACAAUUCAUCGGUCCGGUCGGCUUGUGAAUACUCCAAUGAAGGCAGCACCUCGUCUACAGCAACGCCAUAAGAAUGAACGGCUCCAGUUUGCACGCUCUAACAUGGCCACGGAUUGGAAUAAGGUAUCAAUGUUUUCUAUCACCUUAUGAUUCCCAAUUUUUCUGUUCAGAUCAUCUUCAGCGACGAGAAGAAAUUCAACCUUGAUGCGCCAGAUGGGUACGCUCACUACUGGAGAGAUUUGAGGAAAGAUCCGAUGUACUUCUCCAAGAGAAACUUCGGCGGCGGCAGCCUCAUGGUCUGGGCGGCUUUCUGCGGCAACGGGACGGUAGCUCUUUCUUUUAUUGGGACCAGAACGAAUUCGCAAGACUACCAGCAACUGCUUGCCCAGCAUCUCCUGCCCUAUCUCCGUCGCCGACGACGUGCUAAUAUGAUUUACCAACAAGACAAUGCAUCUGUUCACAACUCCACGUUGGCUUGGUUUGCGGCCAAUAACGUGGUUCUUCUGGACUGGCCCGCGUGCAGUCCUGACCUCAACCCUGUAGAGAAUGUAUGGUCAGUCCUUGUACGAGGGUCAACGCGAAUGCCAAGCAGUAUACAACGGUCAACGAUCUGAAAAGAGCGAUUCGAGCCGAGUGGGAUGGUUUGGACAAGUCACUGCUGCAGUCACUCGUUGGCAGCAUGCCGAACAGGAUUUUCGAAGUCGCUCAGAAACAAGGAGGCAUCACACAUUAUUAAUUAAUUUUUUUGUUAUACUUCGUUGACUUUGUGAGAUGAAUUUUGUUGAUUACUUAUAGUGGGUCUAUAAUUCUGCGUCGGUCAAAAAUCAGAUUUUCUCGUAUAUUUAAAAACUUUUCAACUGGGUGAUUGAUAAUUAUGAAAUGAUUAUGUUCCUUAUCAACAAGGUUUAUCACAAAAAAAGUUUGGUGGCUGAAAGUUUUUCAAUCUUUCUUAAAAUCUGAGAAAUUAGGGUGGGUCUAUAAUUAUGCGUCGCAGUGUAUAAACUCUAACGUAAGAGAUGAGCUCAGAAAAAGAAGUAUUUGUUUAGAAUUAUCGGCCUUACAAUCAGUGAAUAGAGGAUUCGUGUGAUAUUUUGUUUUUUUUUUACUUCUUUUUUCAUGAGCUCAGUUUAUAUCAAGUAUUAAAGCACACUUCUUGAAAAAGGAACGUUUCUGAGCCAAAUUUUUUUAAAGCUUUUUAAAAAUUUACUUUAAAUCGAAAUUUCAGAAUAUCGGCUAAGAAUACUCGAAAUCUGGAAGUUUUGUCGGGAAGCCUGCCGCCUCGUGUGAAUCAGCUCUUUCUCACAAACACCAAACUGCGGGCACUUCCUCAAAAUUUCUUCGCUUCGACCAAUAUUUCGACGGUCGACCUCUCCGGCAACGAUUUCGACUGCGAUUCUUGCGUUUUAAGAUGGGCUCAACCAGUUUUCUCUCAAUUGGAAGACUUGAAAGCCAAGUGCAAGCUGAACCAGUCAGUUUUUGAGCUCUUUCUGGUAAUAUUUGUUUCAAUUCAGAACUGCUUCAUUCGACAAUUGUACUUUGGGAAUAUCUAAAGAAAGGCAAAUUCAACGAGGUUUAUAUGGGACCGAUUCGAUAAUCACCUGUGCCGCCUACGGAAACCCUAUGCCUUCCAUCAAAUGGUUUUCAUUUUCAUUUUUUUUACCGGUAAAAAGUUGGUUUAGGUAUAGAUAUCGUCCAGUUGAAUAUUUGGGGAGUUACGAUCCACAAACCGACAAAGUCGAUACAACAAACGUCAGCGAAUCCGCUAAGAAGCUGUGAGUCACUUUUUGCGAACUAUAUUUCUUUUCACAGUUCUUUUAAUUUCAAAGGACAGUUUUAUGACUUGUUUUAGGUAUUCUGUCACUAGCGGAGGCCAAUUAUUGCUCAAAAAUGUCAAUCGAAGCUCCAUCGAACGAUACAUUUGCGUUGCGGAGAACAUGAAUGGAAUCGUCUACGAACCAAUUCAUUUCAGGUCUUUUUUUGGAAUCAAUUAUAUAUAUCAAAACUAGACAUGAAAAAUUAACCUAAAAAUCGCCAACAAAUGGCCGAAUUUAGUGUGCUUCACGGUUUACCUUUGGCUAGUUUAUUUCUUAUUUUUUUCAUUUCACGAACUUUAAUCAUGUCAGCGUGGUAGCAUUUAAGAAAAAAAGUUUCAGUCAAGUGUGAAGGCUUUUUCUCAUGGAUUUGGGGAUGAUUGAAAAAUUAAAACAAAAAAAGGCCGAGAACGUACUUCACAAAUUCAACAUUGGCGCGCAAAUGAGCCGUACCGCUACCAUUAUUUUUUUUUACACGUUUUUUACGAACUUAAUAUUAUUUCAGACUCGAUUACACCAAUUGGUACAGCUUGAACAUUUUCAACAGUGUUUUUUGGGGCGGGCUGGCGACCGCAUUUUUGGUUUGCGCCGUUUCUUUCCUUUUCAAUAUCACGUGGAUUCUGACUCGGAAGAGUAUCCUCUGGUGGAUUCAAAGGUGAGAGAAGAUUUCGAAGUUGUUCUUCAUUUUGUUUUGCGCAGAGCGGAGAGGCUAUCAAGAGUGAGGAAAAUGGUCGAAGCGAUGGAGAAAUACCGGGCUCGCCAGAUGGAGAGUCUGCACGACAAGUACACCAAGAGGGUCCAGCUUGUCAGCGAUAACUACCAUCAACAGGUUUUUUUUUCCCAUUGCACUUCCUCUUUUCGAGUCGUCCUUAUAUUUAGUUUGAACACACAAAGAUUGAAAAAUUAUUAUUUUAUUUAUCGUUUGAGUUUCAUUUAAUUUCUUUGUCGUCCUUGACGUCUGUUUAGAACCUUGAUGCUUUUGAAAACUUUCUGAAAAGAGGUCAGUCUUUGCGCGCACUCACAACUAUUUUUUGUGAUUAAAUGAGAGAGAAGACAGGCCAAUGUAUAUUCCUACAAAAGCCAUGUGUUAUUGUUUGUAAUUUUUUUUCUAGAGAAAUUGACUUUUUCUUUCAGGUAGAAGCACUGCGAAUUUCAUAUACCGCGCAGGCCGACAAGUUCCGCGACUAUCGGACUGCUCAAAUGGGAGCUGUAAGCGCACAGUUGGAUAAUAUCAGGGACAACUACAAUUCACAAUUGGCCCGCGUCCGAGAGUACGGCUCGAAGCGGGCUGAGCAGCUCUGGGAGAGUUAUGAACGGCAGGUGCGAAAUUCGUUACCUUUAUCUUUGAAUUUAUGAGUUUUCUUUCAGGUGAACCGAAUGAGAGCCUUCAGCUUACAACAGCGUCUGAAAUUGAUGAGGCAGUACAAAGUGAAACAAAGAUACUUAAACAAGCUGCUGGAGUCGUUCCAGGACACGAGCAAUCCGGAAGAGAUGCUGAAACAUGUUUGGAGUUGUCUAUAAUGAGAAAGUAGUCGCGGUUUGUUGAGGAGGAAGAGGUGAGAGCCGCGCUGGAGCUGCCGGAAGCGCCGCCUCUCGCCGACGCCGAUCUUCCAGGGUCGGCAGCCCAUCUCUCGCGCACGUCUUCAUUUCUGUCCCUUCCUGAGUACGUCAUCGACGAGGAAGGAUUCCGGAGACCCAGCCCUCUCACUGGCGCUUCUUCUUCCGCUGUUAGGUCAGUUCAUUUCUUCUUUCUAAGAAUGAUAUCUUCGCAUCAGUCUUCAAAGAUCCAAUAAAACAGACAAAAAAAAGGAAAAUAAAAAUUGUUUUCAUAUUUGACUAGAAUAUCAAAAAACUUCAAAUAUUUAUGGCUAGAGCUUUUUAAUCCCCCUGUGAUGCUUUAUAGAUGAGAUGCUUCUCUUAAUAGAUGAACUGUAGAAAAAAAUUAACAUUUUUUUAAAAAAAGAAAAAAAGCUUUAUCUAUACACUGUUCAACCUUUUUGAAAUUUCUUUGAGAGAAACCGUAGCGGAUUGACUUUGUUCAAAGCUUUUUUCUAUGUCGAAAUCUUCUUUUUCAAGGACCUUUUUGUGUUCUAGAAAAAAAGAAACGGGAAAUUCUGUUCUUUUUGAAGAUUCGCUCCCAUCCAACCCGUUCCGAAGUCAACAACGAAGAGCGAACUUGAAAAGCCGCGGAGCGAUUCUUCCCCACAACCAUGA